AACCCCCAUAUUAAGUAAUGCCCCCGAUUUGCGGUCUGCAGAUAUACCUUAUUGCACAGGACGCUGAUCAGUAGUUAUUAUGACCUGUUACUGACCAGUAUUUGUAAGUGGGUUAACUCAGUGUUAAUGGAUAAUUUUCCGAGUGACGAAAUAACACAGCAAAUCCAGUGACGACCGCUGGGUCUUUCGGUACAUACGGAUAUUAACUAAAUCGUAUUUUAUUGUUAGUCCUUAGCUAGUCUAAUUAAGCUUGCUAGAUAUCUUCCGUUGGGCAGAGUACUGUUUAGAAAAGAUAGGGCGAACUCCAAUAGUGAUUCCAGAUACCAGUGAAUUCUGGGGGUUUCCUCUGCCUGUUACUGAAGAAACGUCGACUGGUCUCUGAUCAACUCGCAACUUUCCUACUUUUUUUCACCUGCGCCACUUUAGACCUCCCUGGAACAUUCGCUCCGCUUAACCGCAAGAGAGGACUUCGCCUUUGUUCCCCAGUCCGUGUUAUGGAGGAAGACCAGGCCUGCACCGUCUCAUGUAUGGGUCUGGUGUGGUCUUUAUUUUAUCAGAUGGAGGAGAAACCCAACCUGCUGCUCUCCUUCCACACUGAGAUCAAACAAGAGUCACUUGAUUCAGAGAUGACAUCAGUGAAGCAGGAAGACUGCAGUCAAACACUGGGAUUGAAUGAUAUUACAGGUGAAGAGGAAGAGAUUGAGGGUUUAAUUAAUCAGGAUUGGAUUCCAGAAGUGGAGACAUUUUCUACAUUUGGAGAGAAACAACACAAAGACAACGAAGUUAAGAAGUCUUACCACUGCUCCCAUUGUGAAAAAAGUUUUCUAUCUAUAUCACAGUUGAAACUUCAUUUUAUCAUCCAUGCGGGAGAGAAGAAAUACUCCUGUUCUGACUGUGGCAAGAGUUUCAGAAAAUCAGCUGCACUUUCACAACAUCAGAGAGUGCACACAGGAGAGAAGCCUUACCACUGUACCUAUUGUGGAAAGAGUUUCUCUUCAUCAAGUUACCUAAAAGUUCACCAGCGCCUACAUACUGGAGAGAAGCCCUAUUCCUGUUCUGAAUGUGGGAAGAGUUUCUUUGAUAUCUAUCAACUUAAAACUCACCAGCACGUACAUCUUGGAAUGAAGCCUCAUUCCUGUUCUGACUGUGGGAAGGGUUUCACUACUUCAGCAGGACUUGCUCGCCAUCAGAGAGUGCACACAGGAGAGAAGCCUUAUUCCUGUACCGACUGUGGGAAGAGUUUCUCUUCAUCAAGUUACCUAAAAUGUCACCAGCGCCUACAUACUGGAGAGAAACCUUACUCCUGUUCUGACUGUGGGAAGAGUUUCAAUCAUUUAAAUAACUUAAAAACUCACCAGCACCUACAUACUGGAGAGAAACUGUACUCCUGUUCUGAAUGUGGGAAGAGUUUCAGUACUUCAGCAGGACUUGGUCAACAUCAAAGAAUGCACACAGGAGAGAAGCCUUAUUCCUGUACCAACUGUGGGAAGAGUUUCUCUUCAUCAAGUUCUGUAAAAUGUCACCAGCGCCUACAUACUGGAGAGAAACCUUUCUCCUGUUCUGACUGUGGGAAGAGUUUCAAUCAGUUAAAUAACUUAAAAACUCACCAGCGCCUACAUACUGGAGAGAAAUUGUACUCCUGUUCUGAAUGUGGGAAGAGUUUCACUACUUCAGCAGGACUUGCUCUACAUCAGAGAGUGCACACAGGAGAGAAGCCUUAUUCCUGUACCAACUGUGGGAAGAGUUUCUCUUCAUCAAGUUCUGUAAAAUGUCACCAGCGCCUACAUACUGGAGAGAAACCUUACUCCUGUUCUGACUGUGGGAAGAGUUUCACUACUUCAAGUACACUUACUCUACAUCAGAGGGUACACACAGGAGAGAAGCCUUACUCCUGUACUGACUGUGGUAAGCGUUUCUCUCAGUUAAUCGGCCUUGAACGUCACCAGCACAUACAUAGUGGAGAGAAACCUUACUCCUGUUCUUACUGUGGGAAGAGUUUCAUUCAUUCCUUUACUCUUACUCUACAUCAGAGAGUACACACAGGAGAGAAGCCUUACUCCUGUACUGACUGUGGUAAGAGUUUUACAAGUUCAGGUCCACUUACUCAACAUCAGAGAGUGCACACAGGAGAGAAGCCUUACUCCUGUGCCGACUGUGGAAAGACAUUUUCUUGGUUAAGCAGCCUAAAAUCGCACCAACGCAUACAUAGUGGAGAGAAACCUUACUCCUGUUCUGCCUGUGGGAAGAGUUUCUUUUCAUCGUCUCAAUUUAAUGUUCAUCGGAGAAUGCACACCGGGGAGAAGCCUUACUCCUGUUCUGACUGUGGGAAGAGUUUCUCUCGAUCAGACAGCCUUAAAUCUCACCAGCGCAUACAUACUAAAGAUUAGACUUACUCCGUUUCUAACUCUGGCUAGAGUUUCUCUCAAUUAGGCAGCCUUUAAGCUCACCAGCGCAUGCAUACAAGAGAGAUCCCUUACUCUGAUUCUGAUUCUGGGAAAUGUUUCAGUCAUCUAGGUUCCCUUCAUACUCAUCAGUAGAUGCUUACUGGAGAAUAACCCUACUUCUGAAUGUGGGAUGUGGUUUAUGACAUCAUCUAAACUUAGAGUACAUCAUAGAGAGGGAAGAGUUUCUCAUAAUCAAAGAACUUGUUGGAAAGAGAUUAAAUGCUUUGGAGACAGUCAGAUACUUUAGAACAACUGGAAUAUAAAUAAUGCACUCACUAUCCAAGUCUAAACAGUUCAGGGAUGUAUUGUGGAGAAGUAUUUUGGAGUAACUUAAUAUGGUUUGGCUAAAGAAUUAGGGGAAGGAUGGUCAUUGUUCUAUGGGAGAGAUUUUGUAGUUGAUCUGUGUGGAAUAUUAUGUAUUGUUAAUGUUAUUAGUAGUAUAUAUUAAU